UCAAUUGGAUGGCUUCAUCCGGGCACCUGCACUAAGAUGGCGGAUUCUGCAACAUGGCAAAACUUGCCAAGAAUGUGCCAAGCUUUUGGAUAAAAGUAGCGGAUAUUUUACUUAUAUCUUGAUUACGGACAUAGUACGGAUCCAUAUCAACAUUUUACAGAUACAUUUUACAGGAAUACAUUUGACUUUUUACAAGCAGAAUGUAAUUUCUACAACAUUGAUGUGAAAGAGAUUAAUCAUACACAACCAUGAGUAAGGUUAACUUUGAGAUGGAAGGGAUGAUGGGAGGUGAUUCUGAUUCGUCGGAUGAAGACAGAAUGCAAAUAGACGAAUCCGCAGCAUCAUCAUCAGGGGGACCGCAGACAGCAGAGGAUACAGAACUAAAAGAGGAGGAAGAGGAAGGCAGUGAUGAUGAUGAUGAUGAUGGUGACGAAGAAGAUGAUGAAGACGACGAUGAUGAGGAUGAUGACGACGAGGAUGGCGAAGACGGUGAGGAAGUGGAUGAGGUUGAAGGGGAGGAAGAUUCUGAUGAAGAGUGGGAGUCUGAGGAAGAGGAGGAAGAAGCUCAGGCUGAAGGCUUAGUUGUUGAGAGCGAAUCCGACGACGAGAACGCUGACAAUUGUCCAAUCUGUCUUAAUCGCUUCAAGGAUCAAGAUGUCGGCACUCCCGAGGCCUGUGACCACAACUUCUGUCUUGAGUGUAUUCAGGAGUGGGCAAAUAAUGUGAAUACCUGCCCCGUUGAUAGACAGGUGUUCCGCCUGAUUCUUGCCAGACAUCCCAGUGAGGACAAGGUUUAUGAGAAGAUCCCUGUUGAAGAUAAGAAUGCUCAGGAGGAAGAGGUUGAGGAAGAGCCAACGUACUGCGAGGUGUGCGGCCGUUGUGACCGGGAGGACAGACUACUGCUGUGUGAUGGCUGUGAUCUGGGGUUUCACUGUGAGUGUCUGUCGCCACCUCUGGCCGACAUCCCUGUAGAGGAGUGGUUCUGUUCCGACUGUGCCGCAGCCAACAAGGAAGGUGCAGUUGAAGAAAGUGAAGAGGAAGAUAUUGACAUCCGCCCCCGACGCCGUCUCAUUGCUCGUACUCUAGUUAGUGAAAGAGUGCGGACGCGGAUCAGGCAGACCCGUGUCGAGAGGGCAUUACGGCUGCCACCCGAACUCGUUUCCUCAUCUGAGGAAGAAGGCGUGUCUGCUGCUUCUUCAAGUCAAACAUCUGCAUCCCCUUUGAAAAAGAAAUCUCCUGUCAAACGACGAAAGAAGACCACAAGGCGGAAAACCCGUAAACGCAAGAGUCCAAAGAAGCGGAAAACUAAAUCCCCAGGCUCGAAAACAAAAAAGAAAACGGCUGGCAAACGGAGGAGGAAGAGAAAGGGAGGAAAGAAGCGAAAGCUAAAGAGAGGCAGUCCUCGUACAGCAGCUCCCGCAUCCACCACAGUCAAGUCUCGGAUCGCGGGGCGCCUGGGUCUGUCCAAGCCUCCGUCAGGUCUCUCCAUACCUAUGCAGAAGCUGCCCCAGGAGAAGACGCUAGAGCAACACCGCGCCGAGGAUGUUGGCUUCUCUAUACUCGGCCAUAAAGACGAUCUAGAUCAUUUCCAAGAUGAUGAUGUGUCACCUGAAGCUCAACCAAGUGGUAGUGGGAAGGCAGGCCGUCUCACCAAGUAUUCUGUAUUAUCAUUGAAGUCACAUCGUCCUGUUGGCAGAGUCAGAAUACCGAAAGUGUCAACCCCGUCCACCCUCGUGGUCGAGCCAGCAGCAGCAACCAGCUCCACCUUCGACAUCCUCGGCUGCAUCAUGCAGAGUCAGAGCAUCCUCAACAUGAAGAGCGGGGAUGUCACGAUAAAGAGAGACGGUUCUCUCGUUGCAAACAAGCCAGUCCCAAAGGCAGACGUUCAUCUGAAACAUAGCAACACAUUUGAGUUGAACACAUUCUCAAAGGAGAAGGAAGUUGAUGAGUACGACCCGUCUAAUCCCACAGAUGAAGAUGCAGCUGAUGUUCUGUCCUCGAAGCAAGGCCAACUGGCUCCAGCAGCCUCAAUUGGCUUUGACUACGACCCAUUUGAACCCACAGAUGACUCGCCAAGCAAACCUGAGACUGUGUAUGAUCCUUCCUUUCCUACAAACGAGGACGCAGAUAUGGGAGAAGAUGGCGCCAAGGACAGUGAAAAUGAGACGGAUACUGUUGUGAAAGAUAUUGAGGAUAAGACUGAGCAAGAUGAUGAAUGUUCUAAUCUGGACGGGGAAGAGGUGCAGGAGUCGGAGAAAACAGAUGACGAUUGUGUGAAAGAAGAUGCAUCAGAACCGGACUCCAUUCCAGGCAUCAAGAGCCAAAGUGAUAUUUUUGAGGCCAGUAGUGAGAUUACAUCUGAAGAUUCCAAGGUGUGUACUGAAGCAAAGGGGGGCGAAUGUGAUGUUGGGUCUCCGAGUGAAGUGAUGGAGUACGCCCUGGACGAUACCUCCAUGGACUCUGAAAAACCUCUGCAGAUUGAUGAAGGUGGAGAAGACGAAGACAGUCAGAAGGCAGAGGAUGGAGCUGAAGAGACUCUUGCAGAAGAGGAAGUAGAAGAAACGGAAACAAAUUCUCAAGAUGCCAAUGAGGGACAGGAGGAAGAGGUUGAGGAAGAAGUCGAGGAAGAAGUUGCCGAGAAUGAGGAAGUUGCCGAGAAUGAAGAAGUUACUGAGAAUGAAGAAGUUGCUGAGAAUGAGGAAGUUGCUGAAAAUGAGGAAGUUGCUGAAAAUGAGGAAGGAGAAGAGGUGGAGGACGAGGAUGGUGAGGAAGAAGAAGUGGAGGAGGAGGAGGAGGUUGAAGUGGAGGAGGAGGAGGAGGAAGAAGAAGAAGAACAGGAGGAAGAGGAGCAAGAGGCAGGGGGUGAUGAAGAAGGUGAGAUUGAGGAAGAGGUUCAAGCUCGGACAAUGGGGUCACAUCUAGGGGGAUGGGACACAGAUGAUUCUGACUAUGAAAUUACCCGAGAACAGGAAAACAAGGUGCCCAUUUCAGAGUUUCCACGUAUUCCUAAGAAGAGGAGUUACAGGAAUAAGGAUGCUGCUGAUGAUUUAAGGACAGUGUUGCAACGGUUAGAUGAAAAAGGCCAUGGUCACCGGGCAUAUGAAAAGAAGGAAUCUGUUCAUAAGAGUAAAAGAGACUCUGACUCCAAAGAUAGGACUUCUAAGUAUGAUAAGAGGGAAAGAGACUAUGAAAGAAGGGAUAAAGAUAGACGUGAUGAUCGAGAAGAACGAUCACGUGAUAAGCAUAGCAGAAAAGAACUGUCACGAGGUGAAUAUGAAAGUUCGUCUCGGCAUAAACGAAGGAAAGACACUAGAUCUAGAAGUAGGUCCCGAGAGAGAAAGGAUAGCUCUGGGUCACAUGACCGUAGAAGGUCAAGAUCACGUGAAAGGUCAUCUCGCAAAAAGCGUAGAGAACGGUCAUAUUCUCGUGAAAGAUCUUAUGAAAGAGAAAAAUCGCACAAGAAAAAGAGGCGUGAUCGUGAUCGUAGCCGGGAUCGUAGCAUUGAACAUAGAGGUCGUAGAAGUCGUUCUCGAUCUCACAGUCCUAGAAAAUAUUCUGAAAGAGACAGUUAUUCUAAACAAAAUCGUGAUAGUGAAAGAUCGUAUAAAAGAAAGAGUGACAGGGAAGAUUCAAGGAGUGAGUACAAGAAGAUUCGAUCUGGAGAUGAGGCUGAAAAGGAAACUACCAAGUAUUCCUCAGUGAAAGUUAAUCACAGUGCACCCAAAUUAGUGCCUGUUUCUUUCACGGAUGACCCAAUAGUUCUUAGUGAUGAUGAGGAGGAGCAGGACCAUGAAAAUAUACCUCUGCCAUCCUUCGGGCCAAGUGGAAGUGCAAAGUCCGAUUUGGCAAAGAAAAGUGAAAAUCUGGACAUCAAAGGUGAUAAGCCUGAUGCUAAAAGUGAUAAGUCAGACAGCAAAAGUGAAAGGGCUAAGAGUGACAAAUCAGCAAGUAAGAAUGAAAAGCCUAAAUCAGAGAGUGAAAAACAUGUCCGUCUUCAGUUGAAGUCGUUUGCCACUAAGAAAGUGUCGGAGCAUUUGAUUAAGCAGGGUGGUAUAUUCGGGAAGGAGCCGUCUGUGUACGACCCCGCUCACCCGACCGAUGAGGAACAGGAGACCGAGAAGGGAAUCUCAGUGGACUUUCAAGGUGCUGUGCCCAACAGUGCGUCACCCGACCUUCCGCCACAGCUCAUGCAAAAUGCUCACGGACAGGGACCUUUCAUAAGUGAGAAUGCAUUUAUUUUGACAAGUGAGCCAGGGGUUAUGCAGCCACAAAAUAUUCCUCUGCCUGCUGUGACGUUUGGGAUGCUUCAUCCCCGACUCCAACCAGGCUUGCCCCAAAGACAGAUUCUCAUGAACCCUGUUAUGUUAAAUCAGCCACCUCCGUUCACACAAACCCAGCCAGGUAGAUUUCCUCGUCUCCCGACUGGGGCGAUGCCUCGGUUUGGCUGGCAGGUGAACCCUCCUGGCGGCAUGUUGCCGCUACAGCAGAACAGAUUUGGUGCUCGUAUGCCUCCUGGCCCUGGCGGAAUGCCCCCAGGGGGUAAUGUGAUGAACGGUGGCUUCGACCCCAUGGGUCCUGACCACUCGCGUCCUCCCUUCCCACCUAACAUGCACCUCCCACCAGAUCACAAUCACCCACCUCCAGUGCAGAUGAAAAUGAACCAAAUUCGUCCUCUACUGCCGAACCCACUCAGACCACCCCCCGGACCACAGGCUCCAAAAUCACAGCUGGAACAGUUGGAAGAGAUCUCAAAAUUACUAAGUGCUCAAGCCCAGCUUGCUGCUCUUGAAAAGGACAAAUCUGGCCUUAAUUCCCCCAGUGGGAAGGGGAACGGCAUCUUUAAGGUGCCACUCCCCCCACAGCUGUUUGGCAAAGGGGCUUUACUGAAGGCGCAGGAGUCGGUGGAGACCACGGAGGUUGUGGACAUGGACAUGUCCCCGCUAGAUGACGACUGUGAGCUGGAGCUGCCCACCCCGCCCGACUGCAUGAACACCGACCCAGAUGAAAAACCCAAGAAAAGGACAGUUGACUUGAAAACUUUUAAGAAAACCGUCCAGGAGCUGUCUUCAACUCAGGAUGACCAACCGUCGUCAGCUGCGGACCUCACAAACAAGGACAAGGUACGACUGAAUGAGUAUUUGAAGAAACUGCAUCUCCAGGAGCGGGUGGUGGACGAGGUGAAGCUAGCCAUUAAACCCUUCUACAGUAGCAAGAAGAUCAAUAAGGACGAAUAUAAGGAGAUUCUCAGGAAGGCUGUGCCAAAGGUGUGCCAUAGCAAGAGUGGAGAUGUGAACCCUGUAAAGAUCAGGGCACUUGUCGAUGCAUAUGUUAGCAAAGUGCGCAAAGGUCGGAAACCACACAAAGAAGUAAAGAAGAAAUCCAAAGAUGAUUCAAAAGCAAAUGGUGAAAGACUAAAGGGGAAACCAUCUCGAUAGCAUUAAAUUAUUGUAUCAUAUAUUGGUGUAGCAAAUAAAUGUGUGAGUGCUCGGUGACAUAUGAUAAGACUGCCUCUCACCUAUGUGACAUCUUGGACUCGUCCAUUGCUGUGAUGUGAUCAGUCUACAUGGUAUUCGAGGGGGUGACAGGCAUCUGUUGGGCAGUCACCGUGGAACCUGCCAAUAUCAUGGACUGUUAUUGCCUGUUUGGUCACAUCGUAUACCAUGGUGAAACUGUGUGUGUGUAAAUAUAUAUAUAUAUAUAAAUCAAUGUUGAUGCCAUUCAUCCAGAAAGAUACUGUACAGCACAACUGCAGUGUAAAUUCAUCAGUUCCUGUAACCAUGGUAACGGAUUGGUUUAAGACUUUAUCCAGUGUGGAACUAGACCGACUGAAAACUGUGGAGUGAAAGUAUGUUAGUUUUGUGCAAAAACAUUCUUGCAAUUUCAUUUAGAUAAUCAAUCAUUGUUAAUAUUAUUACUUGGAGUUGUUUUAUAGAAAGCAUGUUACCAUGUGAGACAUGUGAGAUAAAUAGAUUUAUCACCUAUCAUUGUUACCUGCAGGGUCACGUGACCUCCAUUUCCAGGGCAUGAAAGCAUGGCUACAUAUCAGUUUGUUGAUGAAGUUUGUCUGUUUGCUUCUCCUGGGCACAACAACUUUAUUCAUGUUCAAGUUAUCCUGACUCUAGCUACCACAGGUCCCGUUCCACGAAGCGAUCUUAGCGCUAAGGUGAUCCCAACUCCCAUGCUUCAACAAGGGCGUAUGAUGAUCACGGGGCUAGGAUCCCAUUCUUUGUGGAAGUGGCAACAUACUUAGUGGAUAAACAUUUAAAUAGCAGUGGCCUGGGAUUUUCAUUUGAAACUUGAUUUUAGUCACAUUUCGAACAUUUCGAAAAUAUAUUUCAUACAAGAAGAUCCUUUUUUUAGCCCAUCAGAUGUGUUAUAUCUGCUUCACUCUAGCAGUUUAUCUUAGUUAUCUAACAGCAGCGCAAAUAUUGAAUUGAUAUUUCUUCGCUGAAUUGUAAUUCAUUAAACGAUUCCAGGCCAGUUGGUCAAUAGGGAUUUUGAACACACGUUUCUAAUCAGCAAUCACAACUCAUGUAUGAAUGGAUUCUACUUAAGUGUGAGUUUUUUACAAAAGUUUUCAAUCAUGCCCAUCUGAUGUUCAUCCAGCGCUUAUUGAAUCAUGCAAGCUGAUACGUGUAAGUAGCAUCAGGAAGUGAACUCGUGUAACUUAAUGGACUCUUUGACGUCUCCAUUGACACUUUCCAUGGUGUCGAACAAAAAGAUUUGUAUCCUUUGCCGUGUUGUGAAAAUGGCAGCUCAUGGUUAUGACACAGUCAGCAAGUUUAUCAUCCAAUUUCAUCAUGGUCAGAGGGAAUUGAAGACUGAAAGGGACCUUGCAUAUACUGGCAGCUCGUAACUUAAAUAUGCAUGUCUUGUCGUCAUAGUAACCGUGUUUCUGGAGGAAGGUGGUCCGAUACCUUGACAGAUCCACCAACAUCAUUCAUUAUCAUUUCAUGGAAUUGAAUGACAAAUACUUUUAUCAGCUGACAUUAAAUUCACCUGAAUAUUAAUUGAGGAUAUGUCCUUUCUGAAAAUACAAACAAUUGGCCAUCUGGCUACACAUUUUUCACAUUGUAGGGCGGUGCCGCUUUUACAGAUAUAAUUAAAUAUGGCCGCAGCUGCAGCCAUAUUAAUUUGUCACAUGGGCAAAUACUCCAACAUUUCAGGAUGGAUCACAACCUGAAGUCUUUUGUGAGUUGUAUGAUUGAAAAAUUUGAUAUAAAUUUCAAACAUUCAAAUGAGAUGCAUGGCUUUAUUUUCCCAUUUGGUUUUUAGAGCCCAGAUUUUAAACAUUUCUUUUAAUACGAGGGAAAUUACCCACUGAUUAAGUAUUUAUCGAUGGGGGAUACACAAAAAUAUGAAGCUUGUCAUCCAUACUGUGUCUGAAGUCUCACAGCUCAGGAAACUCUCUGCUUUAUCAGCCAAACCUUCACAUCAGUUCCAGAUGCUUCCAGCUUAUGUAAUGCAAUGGAAGGCUUCCGUAGUCUGAUGACGACCGAGUUUGUGUCACGCUGCAUUGUAUAGACUCCACAUGUCAGGGUCUAUCAUCAUUCCAGUCUUACUAACAUAGACAGCCUUCGUUCACCAUCACUAAACGUGUAGACACAAUGGUGCUCGCGCCGUCAGUAGGGUCAUCAUAGGAGUCAGGGUUAGAGUAUGGGAGUUAAGACAGGUGUACUGUAAAAGAUUGCUCUAUGAAAUUGAGGCCUAUAUGAAGUCUGGAUACGUUUUGACAUUUUUACAAAUUCCUAUCAAGUCGUGAAAACAUUUGCCAUUUGUUUAUGAAUUGUCUGUUAAAAGUGAGAGAUUUAUUCUGUUUUGAGCUAUAUUCGUAGUAACGUACGAGUAGACAGACAUGCCAGUAUAUCGUCAUGGUCCAAGGUAGUUCUUCAUCCUUCCCAUGCCUUCCAUUCCUGAGACGUUUAAUCUUCCAAGACUUUCUUUAAUUCCCUGGCUUUUGUGUGUGAUUGCUUCUAGUGACAUGCCCUCAGUUGGUGUGGAGUGUAGCUGUAGAGAAAGUGUUCUGUACAAAUAUUGCAUUCUUUUCUUAGUAAAGUGUUGUGUUCAAACUAAAUGCAGCCUCUCAGAGGAAGGCUCAAGUCAGGGGAUGAAUAAAUAAGAUGUUAAACAAUGAAACAUUGAUAUUAGUCACCUUUAUUGUAUUCGAACUAGUCUUUUAACACGAUAUCCUGAAAUGUUCCUGAUUCCUUUGCACAACGUUCAGCUUUUGCUGUCUUUUCAAGAUAGGAUUUUGUGGACAGAAGCAGACUAGGGAGCGCACAUAACCUGAUGAAACUUGGUUUGUGGCGUGUAACUUAUUGUACAUUAUUGGGUAUUAGCCAAAGUCCAAGGAUUCUUUCUGGACAAUCAAGGAAGUAAACUCAAAAUGUGUAUUUUUUAAAAAUCAUCGUAUAUAUUUUUUAGAAAGUGUUAAAACGUAAACAUAAUCGAUGAUGGUUCUUGUGGAGCAGUGCUUAUUUAUCUAUUUAUGGGAAUUAAGAUGUUUGAAAGUAAUGCGAUUCUUAAUUCCAUUUUCAAGAUAAUCAUUAACUUAGAGACAUGUUCAGAUUUUACCAAUUUCAAUUGAAUAAAGGUAUGGGACUAAUAAUUUCAAGGUGGAGUUGGGAAUGCGUCGGCUGAUACGAAUGUGCUGGUGGCUAAUACCCCAUAAUGUGAGAUAGCAGACAUUUGUGGUUUGUGUUCUUCUCUCAUUAUCUCACCCUCACAUUUAAAUAAACCAAGAUGCUAAAACGCUGUUAGAAAUAGCUGGUCUAUUAUCAACUGUCAGUUUGAUUCUGACCUUGAAAGGAUCUUGUAAGAACCUGUAUUGUUUUUGUCAUGGCUAUUGAAAAUCGCAAAUCAUGACUUUAAUUGGAGACAGUGCAAAUAUUUUUGAAUGCAUUUAUACCUGUCUUUAAGGUUGCUUCUGAGUUUGUGAAGAAUGACGUUCAGAAAAAUUUAAGUGAAGCACGUUAUUCAUUUGAUUACUCUGUUCAGGUUUAUGUGUUUCACGGUCAGAUUUAUAGAAUGUUUUUAAAAGUAUUUACCAUUAUUUUGUGGGUCUUUGUUGAUACAGCAUAUAUAGCGACAGGAUUAUGUCAGUCUCAGCUACCGACGUAUUUGGUAGAACAGAAAACAAGGAUAAUUCUUGUCUGUUGUUUGCCCAGAUCAUGUACAACAUUAAUUUUCUUCAUAAGGAAAAGACAUUGGUAUUCCAUCAAUUUGUGUAAGGGUAAGUACGUUGUCAGUUUGCCAUUUUAUGAAGACAAGCAAUGUCCAGAUCAAGAAUUAUUCCCGAACCAAAGGAUAGAAAACCUGUCGGAGAUAUUGAGAAAAGGUUGUGCUUGUGGGUUUCUAUGCAUUGGAAUAGGACAUAUUCUGACGGUUUUAUCAGGCUUGUUGCCUCUAAAGUCUGACAGUAUUUAUUGUAGAGAUUUAACUGUUUCUAUGGUGAGACAAAGUCUGCUACUCUGUACUUCUUGAACCACAACCAGGGGUACAAAUUUAUCGCGGCAUACAAGACAACAAGUAACAAAAACCGUGAAAAACAGGUUUCUACCCACUGGGCUUGAUGAGCCCUGGGUCUGCUGGGUAGGAAUUACCACAUUUGGUAGGAUGGAUGAAUGAAAUUCUUCACAAAUAUCAAGCAAGUGUUAGGUUUAGUUUAUUGUGUGGUCCCUCACUCUAACACAUACUAUGGGUGACGUAUAGGAUUUGUUCAUAAUGAACAUGUAAAAAUCAUGAAUAUAUAUUAGAAAAUACGAAUUGUCAGAUCACUCGCAAACAUUGCCAAAACACCGCAUCCCUGCCUCUUGUACUCUGAACAUAAAUAAUCAUCAUAGGUUUAUGGGGAGCAGAAUCAUUCAGCUUUUGUCUCUCAGAAUGAAAUCACACUUUCUGUGUUGCCUCUAUGAAGAGCUCAGACCCCAUAGGCUGAUACCAAGGGGGUCCAGGGAGUCCGGAUCACCCUUUUUGAAAACGAAAUGUAGAAGACAACCUCCCCCACCCUCCCCACGUGUUUUUACUGUGUACUUUUAAACCUCACAAAUUGAUAUGUCCAGCUCAUUUGAGGAAAUAUGAUGUGUUAUCCUGCCCAUUAAGUUCUGGGCUUUGUCAGUUGAGUGAGUUGGGUUUUAUGCUGCUUUUAGCAAUACUCAAGCUAUAUCACAGCCGGGGGACACCAAAAAUGGGCUUCACACAUUGUACCCAUGUGGGGAAUGGAACCCAGACCUUUGGCAUGAUGAGCAAACGCUUUAACCACUAAGCUACCCGACUGCCCCUUCAUCAGUGGAAUUUGUGAUGAUGAUGAUGUGUUUGGAAAUGUUUGUCAAAAAUUGCUUAUUUUGCAAAUUGCCUCUGAGGCUGAGGUAGUCUGACGUGUUGUAUUGGCAGUGUUGUGUUGGCUGUGUGUUAUGGUGAGGGACUUUUGUAUAUGGAUUGUGCUAUAGUACAUGUUCUUCUCUCAUGUCUACAUGCAAUAAACAUGAUCAACCCA